AUUUCAGACGCUUGAAACCAAUUAAAUAUUUAUUUGUACUAACAAUCCACUAUUAACUGAUUUUAUAUUUAUGACUGUAGCAAACACCACUUUCAUUUACUGCAUUUUAAAAGCACCGUUCAGAACGUCAGGAUCAUUGUCAAACACAGACAUCACAUAGUCCAUCCCACUUGAGUGACCAAAGGAAAUCCAGGUCAAAAAUGUCCGACAUAACGCUUUCCGAGGCCAAACGGGAAAUAGCAGAAUCAUUGACAUUAAAUACCUUUUGUAUGAGGCGCAUUGGUCUGUCUUUUGAGGAGCCAAAGAAUGCGUCGUCAUAUUUCGCGCAGAAGUUUAUGUUGGUAUUGUCAGUGAUGAGCAUUUGCUAUCACGUUUUCAGCGAGAUUGUGUACAUCGGUCUAACGUUAUCCAACUCGCCCAACGUAGAAGAUGUUGUGCCGUUAUUUCAUACUUUUGGUUAUGGUGCUCUUAGCAUCGCAAAAGUAUUCGCGCUAUGGUACAAAAAGGACGUGUUCAAGCAACUGAUAAGUGAACUAGCAGGAAUCUGGCCUAUGUCUCCCCUCGAUGACGAUGCUGCGGUCAUUAAAGCAAAAAGUCUCACUGCGCUACGUAUUGCACAUCAAUGGUACUUUGUAAUAAACGUGUUAGGAGUCUGGUUCUACAAUCUGACUCCAAUCAUCGUGUACGCAUACCGCGUUUGGCAAGGACAAGACGUGGAAAUGGGCUACGUUUGGGUCUCAUGGUACCCUUUCGAUAAACAUCAUCCGGUUGCGCAUGUCGCCGUUUACAUCUUCGAAAUAUUUGCCGGACAAACCUGCGUCUGGAUCAUGGUAGGCACUGACCUGCUGUUCUCUGGCAUGGCGAGCCACAUAGGCCUCCUUCUUCGGCUGCUACAGCGCCGCUUGGAAACGCUAGCAACUAUGGAACAGACUGAAGAAGAUAACUAUAGAGACAUUUUAGCGAGUAUUAAGCUCCAUCAACGACUCAUCAGAUACUGCAACGAUUUGGAAGUUGCAUUCUCUUUCUCGAAUCUGGUCAACAUUAUUCUUAGCUCCGUCAACAUUUGCUGCGUCGUAUUCACCAUUGUCUUGCUGGAACCGUUUUUAGACAUCAGCAACAAGCUUUUUUUAGGGUCAGCGUUGAUUCAAAUUGGAAUGUUGUGUUGGUACGCGGACGACAUCCUGCACGCGAACGCGGACGUGGCGGCCGCCGCGUACACCAGCGGCUGGUACAGGACCAGCGCCCGCUGCCGCCGCGCCCUGCUUUUCCUUAUCCAGAGAGCACAAAAACCAAUCGCAUUUACAGCGAUGGGUUUCACGGAUAUAUCUUUAGUGACCUAUUCAUCGAUCCUGACGAGAUCUUAUUCCUACUUUGCACUUCUUUACACUAUGUACAACGACAAAUAAAAAAAUAAAAAAAAUACACAUAGCGUACAACGAUGAAAUAUACUUUCAUCAUUUUAGCUUUGAAAUAAUAUUAUUAUUGGUAUCAUUCAUAUACCUAAAGCUUAGCUCGUAGAAGACAUAGGUUAUAGGUACUCUUAGUUAUUGUAUUGGUCGACUACUUGUUGUGAUUUACUCGUAUAGUUAUUUUAGAAAUGUAUUUUAAAAAAAUAUUUAUGAAUAAAAACUAAUUUUAGAUUAUA